AUGGAAUUAGCGGAUCGAGCAGUCGGGCUUCUAUUAUCUUCAAUCAGCUUAUCCAUAUUCACCUACUAUACUUUCUGGGUCAUCAUCCUUCCAUUUGUAGAUAGUGAUCACUUCAUCCACAAGUACUUCUUGCCCCAAGACUACGCCAUUCUCGUACCUGUUUUUGCCGGUAGAUAA